AAUUGGGAGUCAGUUGCGCUUUUGCGCUCCAGCCAGCACAACACUCGGACGCGCACAACCAGUCGCCGCGCAUCGGUGCCUGCGCACGGGCCGAGGGUUUUAUUCCAACACGCAGCUGGUGUAUCGCAGAUCUCUUUUUGUAUUUUUUUUUAUAAAUUGCCUUUUGUAACUUCGUCUCUUUGGGAAGGUUAAUAUAUUAUUCCUUUGCGCGAUGGAAAAGAUGUCUCGACCUCUUCCUGUAAACCCAACUUUCCUACCUCCGACCCACGGUGUCCUGAAAUCCCUGCUGGAGAACCCCAUGAAACUGCCAUUUCACCACGAUGACGGCUUUGGGAAAGACAAAGAGAAGGAGAAGAAGCUGGAGGAUGAUGGAAACAAUCUCACCAGCCCACAGUCCGCCUUUCUGGGCCCAACGCUGUGGGACAAGACCCUGUCGUACGACGGUGAUAACUUCCAGCUGGAAUACAUGGAUUUAGAGGAAUUCCUAUCAGAGAACGGUAUUCCUGCCAACAAUCAGAGCGAGAACCAACCUUCCCCGCAGCCUCCCUCCACCCCACCCACACCUACUGUGGUGGAUCUCAGUAGCAGAGCAACUACUUCUGUUCACUCCGCGAUAGUCGCCCAGAACUGCCAUCCGAGCCCAAAUAGAGCAGUUCCUCCCAGCUCACGUGACACACCCAGUCCAAUAGAUCCAGACUCAAUCCAGGUUCCAGUCGGGUAUGAGCCCGACCCUGCCGACCUCGCCCUAUCCAGCGUCCCCGGCCAGGAGAUCUUUGACCCCCGCAAACGUAAAUUCUCUGCAGAGGAGCUAAAGCCACAGCCCAUGAUCAAGAAGGCACGCAAAGUCUUUAUUCCUGAAGACCUGAAGGAUGAAAAAUACUGGGCACGGCGCAAAAAGAACAACUUUGCAGCAAAACGUUCCCGGGAUGCUCGUCGGCUCAAAGAGAACCAGAUCGCCAUCCGGGCCGGGUUCCUGGAAAAAGAGAACACGGCGCUCAGACAGGAAGUGGCCGAGUUACGAAAGGAGCUCGGCCGCUGCAAGAACAUUCUGGCCAAAUACGAAGCGCGGCACGGCCCUCUGUGAACCCCGAGCUUUCGCCAAUCACCAUGAAUAGCCCAACCCACCACCACCACUUUCCAGGGACUUGUGUGCCCAUGUUGAGAGGCACCAAUUUCACCUCUCCAUUUUCUUUCUUUCUCUGUACAAAACUUCUUUUGAUGUCGAUAUUUGUCUUUCUCAACUCAUUCACCGUACGUCUCUGUAUUUGUUAUUUUUCACCAACGACGAAUCAUUUAUUUGGAAAUGAUUCUACAUCUAAUUUUUCUCUGGAGUGUUUUAUACACCUGUAAUAUGGACUAAGAACUGAUCCUUCGCGUCUGUCAAUCAUCCGCUUUGCCCCUCCCUAUUUCCCCAGAGGCUCCGCCCACUACCUGUCACACGAGAGAGUUCAUUUGAUGUAUAUUAAUGUAUUUUAGCUGCAGAUUUCUUUAUGUAAAGUGUUUAUAACACUAGCUAGUGUCCGGGUAUGUUUAUAUUUAAUUUCUUUCUUAUGUUUGUCAGUUUUGGUUAUUAUUUCUUUUAAACCAACACCAGCGUUGACGUUUUUAUCUUUCCUACAUUGUCCACGGAGCAAUAAUCUCUUUAGAGGGCAAAAAGUCAAAUGUAAGCUAGAUCGUCUGAAGUUUCUUCACAUAUUAGCACCGUGUCUGGAUGAUGAAGACCAUCUUGUACUUCAUUUUUGCUGUAAUGCGGAAACUUUCCUUAAAUGCUGAAUCCAUAUAUAUAGUAGUCGUCUCUUUUCUCUCUCUCUUUGUGUCUCUAACCCCUGCACUAAAGCGUGUCUCACAAUCUGAUCCGGUGCAAUGUUUCUACCUACAAUAUAAUCUGCCUGAUAUAUUUAUGACUUUUGUUUUUUUGAAUGAAAGAUUUUUUUUUUCAGAAAUAUUCAGCUGUUAAUUAUUACUAUUGUUCUGGCUGUUAUUGUUAUGGCUCUACGGUAAUUUUCCUAAUGGCUUAUUGUUUUAGCAUGACUCGAGCUAUUUGUAAAUGAGUAAUUUCGUUUAUUAUUCCUCCUUCAAUUUUUUCUUGUAUUUUUUUACCCAGAGCAUGUUUUAGAUUUAGUUUGUUUUGAAGUCACGACAGAGAGAUUUUGUAGUGAUUUAGCUUUGCGUCUGUAUGACUGUAUUGAAUGUGUAAAAGGUUUUAAGCUGUCGGUUCAGCAGAACGGUGUUGUCUCAAAUACUGUGGUUAAGUUUGUUUACUACAGACCAAAUGAUACAGCACACAAGAAGAUAUAUUGAUAAAACAGAGUUUUAAUGUUCUAUAUAUAUAUGAAAACUAUAUAAAUUUGCUUUUGUACAGUAUUUUUCCAAUAUAAUACUGUCUGAAUAUUUUCAAGGCACAAAUGCAUAGUGAAAGUAAAAGCAUAGCUAUACAGCGAGAUAUUUUUGGUUAUCUGGGCAUUAAAUAUAUUCUGCACCCUUGUAUUAAAAUAGCCUUUAGUAUUCUGUCUCAGGGAACUUUAGCAACCGGACCUCACACACUAAAAUUCACGUGAAAUAAAUACUUUUGUACAUGACUAAAUGCAGUUCCUCUUAUAGUAAGGAGGUGUUUAUUUUUUUUCACCACAAUGAUGUCAGUAUAACUCACAUUCAGUGCUUUCUUAUAGUAUUGCUAUUUGUUCUUUGAAUGGAAAUCUAAAGGCUAUGCUUCAAGUCUACUUUAUUGAGUCGCUGACACGGCCCAUGUUGGUAAUGAAUGUAAGGCAGCUUAGAAAGCUUUCGCUUGCUUUGAAUGUUAAAAGAAGUCUUGUUGUCGAUGGAGUCACUGGUUGUGUUUAAAAUCACAUACUACUGUGCUAUAUACACACUACUAGUUCAGUAUAUACAGUAGGAAGCUGAUAUUUCAUGUCUGCCACUUAAUAUAGUUUAUAUGGAACUAAUAAACAAUAACAUUUCCCCUUUACUGGUUAUGGCGGUUCCUCUGAUCUACGAUCAGUUUUCUGCAUGUUAUAAAAGAUAAUGCUGUGUUUUAGGUCUGAGGUUAAAUCUUCAUUGCCAGACUGUAAAUAAAAUGCAGCAUGAAUUUGGUAUUGCAGAUCAAUUUAACCUACUAUUUUAAGUUUUGACAUAAAAAAGAAAUAACUUUAACUUAAUUUGUUGAUUUGACAAAAACGCUGCAUUUUUACAGUGCAACAGUGAAUCUGGAAGUCUGCCCUUGUUUAGGCCAAAGUUUUUGAUGUGCACACUUUUUGUGUUUUUGUUAAGGAUCGUCUGGGCAGAAAUGGCGCUGUUGUAAUUUUUGUCUUGUGUGUUCUUUAAAUGUUCCUUUAUUUUCUUGUUUAUUUGUUUGUUGCAUAAAUGCAGAUGUACGAAGUCUGUAGAGCAAGUUGCGUGUGUGCAUAAAGCCCUUUGUAGUUCACAACAUGACUGUUUCCAUCUGUACAAAACUGAAAUAAACCCAGGAUGAAGCCAAA